AAAGGACGCGCCGUGCUAUGCAGACAGAGACUGCAGACAUGCAGCAGCACAGAGUGGCAUAUAUGUUUAACGAGGCUGCAGCAAAGAGGGCUAUUGAUGAGCGUUAACUGGAGAAAAUGUAAAAGAAACACAACAGCCAGGCACUGACACAGCAGGCCAGUUUCUCAAGCAGCUCUCACAUAGACCUCGUGGAUACGGUUUAGCACCAGGUAAUCCCAUGAUUGCACCCGAAGAUGAAGAGUUCCUGGGUCUACCUUUGAGUUGGCCUUUAUCAUCAUCGGAGGAUGCAGACAGACAAGGUGUGAUUGGCGAAUACAGUGAUUUACAGGACAGCACUGAGACAUCCCUUUUAUUUCCUAAUGAGAAGGGACCUAUACCCAGACCCACUGAGGGUGCUAAAGUAGAUACUACCUCCAUGGAGAGAAUGCAAACAAUGAAAUCCUCAUCAGCAAGUGCACCACCCAAGCCUACCCAAGAACAAACAUUAAAGAAUCAGCCAGCUGAGACCAACACUGCAUCUAUUUUGUAUCCUACAGAGACUGUAGAGAAUCAGCCAACAUUCCCAGCCUUUCCAAAUGAGAUGACUGAUAGUCAGUUACCCUUUCUUCUGCCUGGCUCACUCACACCAUCACACACACCAGACCAGAACUCAGCUUCAUUGCUGCCCACUGGACCGGGGCCAGACACUCUUGGAUGGACCACAGGCAUUUCUGUGUCCACAAAGGGAAAUGGAGAUGGAUUCAUUAAUAUUACAGAUCUUAUUUUGCACAGAGGACGUGCCAAUAUGGAGGCAAAAGAAGAUGACACCAAGAAUGAUUCAAAGGCCAGAGGGCCAAUCCGGCUAGAUGGUAACAUGGACACAUUUGCUACAACCUGCAAAACACUAAAUCAUUCCUGGACACCUACCCACCCAGAGGAUUUUACUCCCAACAAGGCUCUGCACCCCUCUCUGGCUCUCAGCCCUUCUUUUUUGGUCCCUCUGUAUUCAGACUGGAACUCUGCCCUCGCUACAUGGGGAUUUGCAUGGGAAGCACAUAUCUAUGGCCUGGGCUCUGUCUUCACUGUAUUUGGCCUAAUCUCUGCAGUCUGCCUGUUAGGGCUGCCCCUGCGGUGUCCCCCAGGAAGCCCCUAUUUCACACUGCUGCACUUGUUCAUUCUAGCAUUUGCAGGGAUCCAAGCUUUCUGUUUGCUUUACGAUGCUUACAGUUACCAAGAUCGACUUUCCCCUGCGGUCUCUCUGCUGCUCGCUGAACUGCCAUUACCAUGUUUGAUUUCAGCUUUUUCCCUGGCUUUGCUUCUUCUUUCCUUGCGUUCCCGCAAGCAUCUUUCACUUCCACCUGGUAUUUCUCCCUCAUUCUCAGCCUUGCCAAAACCUUGCUUGUUGUUAUGUAUGUCCCUGUUACAUUUUCUGAUCUCUCUAGGGUGUUUUGGCAUUUUUCAGCUCUUCCACAGCCUCCCUACUGUAAUCCUGCUAUUUCCUCAGGGCCUGUUUGUGUGUCUUACCAUCUUUCUCUCAUUCUCAUACCUCAUCUUCUACUGCUUAACACAAGUCAACAGUAGACACAUUUACAGGUUAAAUGACAAUGGAGAGAGUGGAGGAUCUCCUGAGGCGAUGCGACCUGCAAGUUGCCCCUUUGCUAGUAUUAAGGACUGGGGCAGGGCAGCAGGAGCUGGAGUAGGAACUUCUUUGUGUUUGUUAGGGUGUGGAGGUCUUCAGCUUUAUGGGAUCCUGCAUUCCCUUGGUUUGGGUGGAGUUGAUGGCCAUGGGUUUCAGCCUUGGCCCUGGUGGGGUUACCAGGUAGGCUGCAGACUCUGUGAGGUUGGAGUAUGCCUAGGUUUGUCUGUUAUUGGCACACACCCUCUGUUCUUUACCAACUUUACUAACAAGACCCUAACUCAUCCUAGACCAGGAUCUUGGUCCCGUCUAUCAUGCGGGUCCCCUUCACGAAUGCUCACCAUAACCUCUCAGGAUAGUGCAAAUUCUCCCGUCCUCUCCCAGGGUAAGCAAGAAAAGCUAGUGGUCUGUGAUCUUGUCACCAAGGAGCAGUCAGAAGUUCUUCCUCUUUGCUCAAUUGUGGAGCCUCCUGGAAACAGACCAGACUAUGUUCACAAACCCAGCCUAAACAAAACUAUACUACCUCUACCUACACCCCAAAACCCAUCGCAUAAACCUACAACCUCAGCUGCGUCUCGCCUAUCAUCACUGGCUAAUUUAGGUCUAGAGACUGACUCUACUGUGGACCUGCGGCCCCCAUCUCCCAUAAACCUGUCACGCAGUAUUGACCAAGCUCUUUUCAGUGAAUCCCUGUUCUCUCAUAGUAUCUUUGGUUUCCCAAGACUGUUCCCAGCUUCUUCAAGUCUUUCCUUGAGCUCUCCAACCCAAGGUACAUUAAAGCAAGGAUCCAGCUCUGUGGGAAAUACCUUUUACCGAACUUCUUCUUGUGGAGAUGUUGAUCAAGAGAACGCCAUCUCCACCUCAAGGUAUUCCCAACCACAUGACUGCAUGACAUCUCGUAGAAAUCAACCAUUAUCACCGGAGCAAUGGGAUUGGAAAGGGAGUGUUACUGGCUCAACCCAGGGUCUCUGCAGCCAUUCAAAAGAAACAGGAAAGCUGCGCUCACAUUCAUGGGCCAACAGAGGGCAAAAUUUUGCUCAGAGCAGCCUCCCGCGAGCAAUCCCCCACCUGCCCUACCACAGACGUUACCGAACCCUGAGCUUAGCGUCUCAGGACAGUCAGGGGUCCAGCCGAUUGGCAGGAACUAAACACCUGAGUGAAAGCAAGCAGCUGGAAUGGGAUAUGGCUGUACAAGCAGAGUUUGUCAGUGUCUGCAGACAAAUUGAUGCCCUGAGUGUUUGCAGUGACACCAUUGAACUGUAGAAAGCUAAAAGAAUCUGGGUGUAACUGGAAUACAGAUUAUAUAGAUUUAAUUGUUAAGGUUAGCUGGAGGAAUUAAACUGUAGACUGUAUAUGUCAUAAAAGUUAUAUAAACAUGAGGUACGCCCAAAUAUUGUUUUGUAAAUACUGUACAGUUGAUACUGUAUAUUCAAAAACUGGUUUAUGAGACUGACUUCAUUGUGCUGUUUUCAGCAACUUAUCUGUUCUUUACAGUUAUGUUUUAUUUGAGCAACAUUCUGAUUUUAGCAUACGUCUAUUCAAAUCAUAUGUAGAAUUAAGUGUGUUUCUGAAAAAUAAUAUAUGUUGCAAAGAAGUUAACCUAAGCAGGAGUUCAUUUUUUUGCUUUGUUUUGCUUGAGGGAAAAUCGAGGAGAGUAUCAAUGAAUUUAACAGCAAUAUGGACUCAAAAAAAGUUCACGUUUGCACUGUUGACAUCUGCUGUGAUUUGUGAUAUAUACUUUCCCAACUUCCAUUUUCUGAUAGUACAGUGUAUUGGAGUGUGCUCUGCAGUCUGAAUAUAUAACUUUUGAGAUUUCUUUGAUGUCUGGGUGCAAAAGCAUUCAAAUUGCCUUUUUUAAGUACCAGUAGGAGCAAACAGGCUUUUUUUUAAUUUUCAUUUCCUGGAU